AUGAAAAUUGGUGCCACCAACUGUUUCGUGCGAAUUCGCACUAAAAGUUCAAAACGUCAUCUAUAG